AUGGCCGCACCUGCUCCGUUAGACGCCAUCGGCUACCUCCACCAGUUUGUGCUAAUCCGUGAGCUGAACUGGCUGAUCUUCGAAUGUCUUUACACUACUACCGCCGAAGAGGGCGGUAAGGUUCUCGGGACGGUCCAGACCAUAUGGGAGACCGGUACCACACAGCGCCAAAGAGUGCACUUUGUAGAUUCCGUCUUUGAGAGCAUCAAGCUGUUCUUGACGACGCUUAAGGCGGUUGGUGGAGCCACCCCUAGGGCGUCGCGACGAGGAUCCCCCGCCAGUCGCCCGUCGUCCGCGUCCCGCUCCCCCGAGUCAUCGCGUGUGUCCUCGCGCCGGUCGUCGGUUGAUCGAUCCAGUCAUAGCUCGCCGUAUUCGCGGGACACGUUGGUGGAAGCCGGCGCCAGCAAGCAUUUCGAGAUGGCGCUCGAAAUGUUCGGCCACCGCGAUCUCAAGUUCGAUGAAGUGGAUGUGAUAUCAAAAAUAAUCACGCUAGGUCCAACCGCACAGUUCAAUUUCGGGCGCUUCUACUGGGUUAUCGACGCCACUAAGACGGACGAGGGAGACAUGGUUUACCGCAUCACCCACCUCGAUAAAGCACAGGGUCCGAGAUGGCGCUCUGUCGGGGCACUAGAAAAUGCACGGAUAGAAGACGGGGAAAAGCUCUUGCUUGAUGGCUUUCAAGUGGACCGACCGGACCGCAAGUUCUUUGACCUGCAUGCGAAAGUGGGGCGUGUCCUCCACGCAAGUGGUGUUGGUCUGGGUGUUGGUGGAGUUGUAGAAAACGCCAUGCGGAACGACGGUCACGAGGCGGCGGCGACAACACACACGGGAGUCGACUCAAGUAGGAACGUCAACGACUUUCUAACUGAAAACAACUGGAUAAUGCCAGGACACCAACAAGAAUAG